AUGGAAAUACUCACCUCUCCUACUCCCGCCCCCGCCCCCGCGGCCACCACCACCCCCACCGUCUCCAGCCUCACCUCCCUCCCCAAUGAGCUCAUCCUCGACAUCGCCUCCUACCUCCCCGGCCGCGACAUCGCCCGCCUCAUGCGCGCCAACCACCACCUCAACACCCUCCUCCUCCCCUCCCUCCACGCCACCAUCCCCGCAGCCGCCGACUCCAUCCUCAUCUGGGCCGCCCACUACAACGACCUCCCCGCCGCCCGCCUCGCGCUAAAACACAACGCGGACCCGAACGUCCUCUCCGCCGCCAGCGCCACCCCGCUCUGCAUCGCAGCCCGCAACAACUACACCCCCAUCGUCGAUGCCCUCCUCGAGAACCCAAACACAACACUCGAGUACCCCCAGACCGAGUGGACCUACUACCUCAUCAAGCGCCCGCUGUGCCACGUCGUCGACGACGGCAACAUCGCUAUGGCGCGCCACCUCCUCGAACGCGGCGCACUCGUCUACCUGAAGCGCGAGGCGCACCCGCCGAUUGUGUCGGCGCUCGUGCGCCGCAACGCGGCCAUGGUGGCGCUGCUGCUCGACACGCAGAGCGGGUGGAAGAGUGAUCCGGGGCAGAGUGUGGCGAACUCGAAUGCGCUGAUGGAUGCGUUUAAGAGGGGGGAGCUGACGCUGGAGAUUUUGGAGCUGUUUAUGAAGUGGUCGGCGGAGAUGCUGGAGGUUGAGGGCGAGGGCGGGUUGUUUGGGAUUGCGCAGGUGGAUCUGAAGUAUGAGGGGUAUGAUAAGAUAUUGGAGUUCUUGAAGCAUUAUGGGGCGCCGUAUGAGCUUGUGGGGGAGGCAAAGUAG